AUGUGGCUGACCAUUUUUUUAUUGUCUCAAACAAAUAACCCUGUGUUUUCAGUAUAUUUUAACACAUAUAAGGAAAUUCCAACAAGAGUUACUCCCUAUAGCCCAAGAGUGAUUGACAAGACAUGUCUCCUUAAGCCAGAAAGUGGUCCGUGCCGAGGGAAUAUUCCUAUGUAUUAUUAUAAGCCUGAAAAACAAGACUGCCUUCAUUUUAGCUGGGGUGGAUGUCAGGGCAAUGGAAAUAGAUUUGAUACUCACGAACAAUGCCUAGAAUCAUGUCUAAGUAAACCGAAUGCACGUCGGAUGCGACCAAAGUGGUGUUUUCUUUCCUUUGAUUAUGGUUUUUGCUUCGGCGCUAUAAAACGGUGGUACUACGACGCCCGUUGGAAGGUUUGCAAGGAAACUAUAUACUCCGGUUGUGGUGGAAAUAAAAAUAACUUUUACAACAUAGAACAAUGCGAUUCAAUAUGUCGGUUCGGCAAUGGAUAUAUUAAGAAGGCAUCAGAAUCAAGAGGAAAUUUAAAAAAAGUAUUAAUUGUCAAUCCCUUGAAUGCGAAUCGAACGUCAUAA